UAUUUAUCCCACUUUUCUUUUAAAAUUUAGCGAUCGCUCUCCCCCAUCUCCCAACAAGUUAGAGAGAGAAACCCUUUUGCUACACAACAAUUCCGCAAAAAUCAGUGCUCAGAAUCGACCGCUUUCAAUUCGAAAUGGCAGCCGCCUUCAAGUUGCUACUAGCACUCUGCUUAAUCGCAUCAAUUCUAAUCCCGCAAGCGUCGGCAGGUGGGGACCAAAACGGAUGGAUGAUGCCGGCGGUGAGAUCCGGGUGCAGGGGGACCAUCGCUGAGUGUCUGGCCGACGGAGACGACGAGUUCGAUCUCGAUUCGGAGUCCAACAGGCGCAUCCUAGCCACGAGGCGCUACAUCAGCUACGGUGCGCUACAGAGGAACAACGUCCCCUGCUCGCGGCGCGGCGCAUCGUACUACAAUUGCCGCCCCGGCGCACAGGCCAAUCCCUACCGUCGCGGCUGCAGCGCCAUCACUCGCUGCCGGAGCUGAAGACCACUUCUCCGGUGAUGCUAAUUAUCAAUUAUGUCAAAUUAUGUAUUUUUUAUAUAUAAAUUUACUACUUGUUUGAUUUUUGGAGAGGGAUUGAUGGUCUGUUUUAUGUAUAACUUUCACUUACUUUUUUUUUGUGAAUAAUAAUUCACAUAUACUCAUUUUGUGUGUUCAA